AAAAUAAACGAAAUAUAAAAUCUUGGACACACCUAGUUCUAAGCCUCUACAUGUGUCGGGACUCGGAACAAGAUAGAGGUGCAACACUCCGUCCCUCCACUCUCCUCGAGGGAGUAGUAUACCAAGCCCAGCAAGAAACAGACCAACAAAGGAGCCGAGAAUUCGUCGUCUAUCCAAUCACCCAAAGUAACGACUAAACAGUCCAAUUUCAGUCAAUAUUACUGUACAAAGAUUCAAGCUCUAAAAUAAACCCCAAUACCAAUUCCCAGAAAAACUCAAUUCUCCAGAAAAUACACAUCAAAGAAGAAACUUCAAGCAACAAUGGCGGUCAUUUUUUCUCACUUCCACACACCAUCAAUUACCAUGGUCUUACCAAAAGUUGCUUCUUGCUUUUGCCGCUCCUUAUUUUCUCAAUCUACAAUUUACAAUCAUCAACUUCUUCAUUACCCAAUUCAAAAUCCCAUUUUUAAUUUCAAUUCUAAUUGUCAAAGGAUUCGAACUCGUGUUACAAAAUUUUCUGAAGCUAGCAGUGUUACUGAUGUAAUUAGCAGCCCUAAUCUUGUUGCUUUGGAGUAUGCUGACCUUAAGCUUCCAAUUAAUUGCGAGGAGGUGGGUAAUAUUCGAGUCCGGCAGCAUGUUAAUCCUCUUAGUACAGCAUUAUCUGUACCAGCAGAGGUGCCUGAUUGGAAUGAUGUGUUUAAAGACUCCUCAUUGCCUCUGAUGGUGGACAUUGGCUGUGGUAGUGGCAGAUUUCUCUUAUGGCUAGCCAAAAGGAACAUUGGUUCUAAUAAUUAUUUGGGACUUGAAAUACGCAAAAAAUUGGUAAAGCGGUCGAAUUUUUGGGCAAAAGAACUGAGUCUUUCUAAUACACAUUUCAUGUUUGCGAAUGCUACAACAUCUUUCCAGCAGCUGGCAUCCUCUUAUCCUGGACCAUUGGUGUUGGUUUCGAUCCUGUGUCCAGAUCCUCACUUUAAGAAAAGGCACCAUAAGAGAAGGGUUUUGCAGAAGCCACUGGUUGACUCCAUUCUGGACAAUCUAACAUCAGGUGGACAGGUAUUUGUGCAAUCUGAUGUGCAUGAAGUGGCAGUUGACAUGAGAAAUCAAUUUGAUAGCGUGCCAGAUAUGCUACACAUUGAUGUCAUUGACCCUAAUUUUGGUUGUGAUCCUGAUGGUUGGCUUCUAAAUAAUCCAAUGGGGAUAAGGACUGAAAGAGAGAUUCAUGCUGAACUUGAAGGUGCUAAAGUGUAUAGACGAAUGUAUCAGAAGGGCACAUAAUAUUAUCAGUGGUUGAAGCCUGCAUUAUGCUCAUUCUUAUGACCCGCAUAUAUACGGAUGAUACAGUAGAAGCUUUUCUUUUACUAGGCACUCUGUUUGCUAAUUCUCCGGCUUACACUGCAGUUAGCUUGAUUAUACUCCCUCUUUCCCUUAUUUUUUUUGCACCAUGGAUCCACUUUUUGUGAGAGCUUUUUGGGGUCAAAUGGUGCAAAAAAUAAGGGACAGAGGUCACAAGCAGAAUUUUACUUUUGAGUCUGUUUUAGCUUUUUAGGAAGUAAGUUUGCAUUACAGAAAGCUUGUACCUGUAUUCACUAAUGUAUCUGUUACUUUUGGUCUUUUAUUAAAGAUUUGUUUUUGCAAUCCUAUGCAUUUUGAACACAUUUGUCCCACAACUCCACAAGCCAUGAUAUAUGAAGAUGGCAUCCGUGAUUUAAAUUUUUGGUGAAAACUGCAAUGGCUUUGCCUCCGUUUCUAAGAUUUGGAUUCAUGACUACGUGUUCAAUACUAAAGAAUAUACUGGUGCAGUGGUGCAGAACACUUCAUAAUCUUCAGGAUUCCUGUUUCUUUUUAUACAGAGAACUGUUAUAUUCUUGGGCACAGUUUAUGAAUCCCCCGAAAACAAUUUUAGGAGCUCCUGAAUGAUCUCUCAAUAAUUUCUAUACCAAUAUAGCCUACAUUGAAAAAAUCCCAUAAUUUCCCAUCAUAUGUAAUCCAACUUCAUAAAUUUGUUGCGGGAUUCCAAUAACAAUCCUGAUCCCAAACUCACUAACAAUGUUUUAUCAAUGUCAAUUCUAUGUGUUUAAUAAAUAAUCAACAAGAAUACAAAUAUUUUGCACCAAAAAUGCCACUAAGCAUUUCAAAGCCAAAAAGUUACCUACUGAUACAAUUAUGCCAAGUUCUAAGACUUCUAACAA